AUGGCGCGCCUUUUCGAUCUGCUUGUCUGCGCUGUCGCGUUGGUGACUUUCUCACUCGCCUCGGCCGUUCCCAAAGAACUCCCUUGGUCGAAUGUGGCUAUCUCUGCGUCGCCCAAUGGUCGUUAUUUAUACAGGACCAAGACCAACGAGCCCUUCUUUUGGAUCGCUGACACCAAUUGGGAGCUCUUCCACAAGCUCAACCGCACCGAUGUCGACCUCUACCUUGCGGACCGUGCUGCCAAGGGCUUCAACGUGAUCCAGGCCGUGUUGCUGUCCAAGUACAAUGUCACCAGCAUCCCCAACUUCUAUGGAGACCUGGCCAUCGACAAUGAGGACGUGACACAGCCCAACGAGGGCUACUUCUCCUUCGUAGACUGGGUUGUAACUAGGGCUGCUGAGUACGGCGUUCUCAUCUGCUUCGUGCCGACCUGGGGCCGCUAUGUCAACACGGGCUGGUACGGAACCACUACCUACACGCUGUUUAACGAGGACAAUGCCGAGGUCUUCGGGCGUUUCCUCGGAAAGCGCUACGCUGGCAUCCCCAAGAUGAUGGGCGGAGACACCAACGCCUUUUGGGCAGACAACGUCCCCCAGGCUCGCGCAGCCUGGCGGGAGAACCCCGACUCGGAUCCGUUGUCCUACCUCGACCCUAUUCAGGACACGAGGCCUAUCUGGGCUGCUAUGAUGAAGGGCUUCCGAGAGGAGGAGGCGCUGCAGGGUUACAACGCCUUUGUGACCUUCCAACCAACGAGUCCUUGGAUCGUGGAUCCGCCCACACCUUUCCCCUAUGGCCAUAAUUACAUCAAUGGUAGCUUCGGGAACCUCUCCAUGGAUGGCGUCCAGUCCGGUCACGAGCGGCCUGACCCCAACGGCAUCGACGCCAACUAUACCGUGCUGCGCCCUUGGGACUCCCGCAAAAACUAUGAGAAUAUUAUACAGAUGCGGCAAGAAUUCCCCGGCCCAGUCAUGGACCUUGAGAACCAUUACGAAGGCGCCCAUAACUCGUUCAACGGGAGCAAGCCGCUCUGA